GUCAGUUGCUUUCGACGAGUUAUAGAUCCGCGGCAAUCUACGACGUUUUCAACAUCUAUUUUGAAAAGCGACGUGCGCAACGAGUUCGCGCGAUUGCUCAACAUUCGCCCCGGUAAUCUCGCAAUCCACGUCGAUCCGGUCGAACUAUCGCAAGAUCUGUUGGUGAAGGGUGAAGCGAUACUCGGUCACUGUGUCCUAAUAUUAAAUUAUACAGUUGAUUUGAGUCAUAAAAGAGCAGAUUGGAAUAAGUGCGGUCGGCAGUUUAAUGUGGUAAACGAAAGUGACAGAUCAUCGAUUGGAGUGUUUGUUUUGACCCGACAAGCCGGUUGCCGCCACGCUUUUCUCCAAAAUUCGGAUCCGCGUCGUCGAGUAUUCCUCGACGCUCGCGUUCCUUUCCUCUGUCGUGCUCGCAUGCAAUAUGGCUAUGUACGGACGUUAUCACGGUAGGAGCAAUGAGGAACUCGUCCAACAUCUCAAGCGAUCCAGAGUGAUUAAAUCUGAUAGAGUGUUUGAGGCAAUGAAUUCUGUUGAUAGAGGAAAAUACACUCAGCCUAGCCAUGCUUAUAUAGAUGCUCCACAAGGGAUAGGUUACGGCGUCACCAUUAGUGCUCCCCAUAUGCAUGCGUAUGCCCUGGAAUUACUUGAAGAGAAACUGCAUAAUGGUGCAAGGGCAUUAGAUGUUGGUUCUGGUUCAGGAUACUUGACAGCAUGUAUGGCCAUUAUGUUAGGAACGCAUGGAUUAGCUGUUGGAAUCGACCAUAUUCCAGAACUUCGAACAAUGGCUGAAGAAAACAUUCGACACGAUCAUCCAGAACUUUUGCGCAAUGGACGUGUGGAAUUAGUUGUUGGUGAUGGAAGAUUGGGGUAUCCUGAUCGUGCACCAUAUAACGCUAUUCAUGUGGGAGCAGCCGCCAAAGAACUGCCACAAGCGUUGAUAGAUCAAUUAGCACCUGGUGGACGGUUAGUACUACCAAUGGGCGCAGAGAACUCGGAUCAAACCUUAGUGCAAAUCGAUAAGACCAUGGAUGGUAAAAUCAAGCAGCGGCCAUUAAUAGGAGUGAUGUUCGUCCCACUCACCGACAGGGAACGACAAUAUCGUCGAUCAUGAGAUACGUGUCGGCUCCAAUAAGUGAGCGCCGCUUUAUUAUUUAUAACUACGAGUAUUAUUUUAUUAUUUUAACAUUGUGCACAACUUUAUUUACAUAAAACGUGUCAGAAAAACUAUUCAAUCACAUCAAAUAGACAAUUUUGUUAAAAAUUUUUAUAAAUAUUAAUUAAAAUCUAGCAUUAGAAAAUAUUUCUGUAUCUUUGAAAUCAACAAUAGAAACAAGUUUUUAUUUUUGAUAUCAUAUUUUAUUAAAUGUAUUAUAUUUUUUUGAGAAAACAACUAUAUAUUGUCGUAAUUUUUGUUUGCAGAAAAUUUUUUUGAAUCUAAGUAUGCAAUAAUGUCGAUUGGUGAUAUUAUCUAGUCUUUAAAUAUUAUGUAAAAAUAAUCUAUAUAUACAUAUAUGAGUAGUAAAUGUGCGAAAAAAAGAACUAGAUUUAAACUAAUAGCUAUGAUAUUUAAAUUAUAAUAUUAAUAAUAAACUUAUAAUUUGCAGUUGUGUUUACAUAAAACUUUGAUUUACAUAAUAUAAUUAAGACAUAAGAAAUUCUUUUCAAUUUAAGCCAAAGUCUAAAAUAUAAUUUUUAUUUGAUUUUUUGUAUUAUUUAUUUGCUUGAUAAAUUUUUAUGUUGAGUUUCUUCAAGAUUUCAUUUUACAAAUUAAAUGAAAAGAAAUUUAUAUAUAAUUAAGUAAUUUAUUAACGAUACAUAUAAAAUUAUUUACAUUUUUUUGUAUAAUAAGACCCUUAAACAAUAUAUAAUAUAUGUAAUAUGUACCUUUUCUUUUCUAUGAUUUAAUUGAUCUGUAUUUCUUGAAGUUAUAUAGAUGCAAUAUUUAAAAAUAAAUAUAUGUAUUUAAAAAGAAA